GAAUAUUACCAUUCCUUAUUCCAGAGCGUGACCAUCCUCGAAAUCUCAGCGCAGCAGCGAGGUGUUAACGGCCUGACGUCAACUCUAACGUGGACAGUGAACAUUGAGCGCGCUGGGACCAGGGAGUGCGAUGCGGUGUUCAACGUCGUACAAGAGACGCUGCUACAGGUUCCAUGCAGAAGCGGCGUAUUCGCGCCGUUGUCAGGGCCAACAACACCGCGAAAAACAAAUGUCGACGUUGGGCAUCGCCCGACAGACAAAGCACCCUGUCUCCCUCCCGAACAUACGGUGUACGCGGAUCGCAAACAGUGCUUCACCAUGGCCGACGCCGAGACGGAGCUGUCCCUUGAAUUGACCAGAAUCAUUGCAUGUCCGUAUCCAGCCUCGUUAACGAAAUUGGCCGACAUCCUCGCCCGUGCAAAUGGCUUUGCUGUACGCAAGUGCAUCCUUGAUCGGCCCCCCUGUGCCAUUCUAAAGCUUGCUGCAAUCAUAUCCGCAGCAUUACCCCUCUGGGCGUACACGCUGCGCAUUCUGCAGUCUCUCUGUCACUCCUCCGAAUUUCGAGACAAACUCCUCUUUCAACAUCCUGGCCUUCUUACAGCCCUACUCACAAAGGCAAAUGCUUCUCAGCACGACUUCGACGAAUCCAGCGAACUUUGUGUGCUGUUGCUUUCAAAGCCUCUUCCUGAAGCCGUGCCACUGCCUGCAGGUGCGCAGUCUUUUUUUCUACGGGUGUUCGAGAGAGCUAUCAAGACACCGGAGGUUCGUACUCUGAAGCCGAUUUACUGCAUGCUCAAUGGUGCAUGUAGAGACCUCCUCACUCUGCUGCCUUCCGAGGCAAGGCAUACUUUUGAUAAAGAGCUCUGCCAAAUUCUCUCCUCGAACUCUACAGGACCGAAUUCCAUGCUUCUGCUCUGGUGUUUUGGCAUCAUAAUUCUUGCAGAGCGUCCUCAAGAAGUCGCCAACUUAUCGAGCUCAUUCACCAGCUCUGAAAUCCAUACCCCCAAUGUGGCCCCUACGCGAGAGUGGAGUACAAUAUCCGGCCGCAAGCUCUUUGGAUCUGCCAGUGGGCUACACAAAACCAUCAAUUUGACGUACCUCAGCGUCAUUUGGGCGACGAAAGGAGGCGUGGGUGUCUCAGAUGUUGAAGCUGUCGAGUGCAUCAAGAUUGCCAUUAGGACAAUGCAGUUCAUCCCAAAGGAUGUUCGUCAAGGCUGGCCGAGCAGCAGUGCUCUUGCAAAGAACAGCUUUCCCAAACUAGCCACCAAAAUUCUGCGAAAAGGUAUACACCCGAGUGUUCAAAUUGAGGCACUCUGUUUCUACGCAUUGAUCGUGGGAGAGAAUGCCCUCCCAUUUGACAUUGUUGUGCAGUACGAGGAAGCCCUCUUAAAAGUAGCCGGACUUCAAACGGAUGCGAAUUCUUCACGACAAACAUUGCAAAUUUCUCUACCACUGUUUGCUGUUAGCUUGUCUCCACUUAUCGGCAAUGCACUAUCUGAUUUCGAAAUAGGCCCAGUUAAGACAGUCAACACUGCAGGCCAUCUUAUCUAAGACAAUUCGAAUCUGCAUUCAGUCUUCUUCGCCGACUGAAAUCCUGAGUCUCACUGUAUUAGCUCAGGAGCUUACAAAUGUAGUCCAGAAUUUUGCACCCAUACGGUCUCAAA